UUGAUUUGGGUCGUAAACAGAGAGAGUGACAGGCUACACAGAAAGUUGAAACACGGACUACAGUGCAGUUGUAGGUCCUACUACACUGAGUUUCAUAUGCACAAUAACGUGAUUCAAUGCCAGUGAGCCGACAUUUAGUAUUGGCUACUGUUACUGGUUUCCCCGACACACAUGUGGCCUACCCUUAUUGUCUCUGCUGCUACUCAAAGCUACUGAAGGAUCAGAACCAAGACUGCUGGUUGUGCUGUAAGUGUGGGCAGUCCUGUCGGAGUGACCAGGUGGAAUGGCGGUACCGGCUAGCCUUGACCAUCACGGACGGGGACACCAUUGCCAGUGUCUGUCUGUUUGGGAGCAUGUUAGACCAGUUCUUUGGUUGUACAGCUACACAAUUUAAAAGGUACUUCCUCAGACUGGAGUCGUCAUGUGAUCAUUCUGACGAGCUGCUGAAGCGAGCUGUAGAGCAGUCCUUCAUCGGUCACUCCUAUUACUUCGGCUUCAAAACCACGGGGACAAUCAACCGGCAAGGUCCAAAUGCACCGAUCACUCUCCGACAGUUGGUCAGCAAUUUAGAAACGAAAUGUCAGACUUCUCAUGAAAGUGUCUCUAACAUUGUUGCAUUCCAGAUCUUGCCGUCAACCACCACAACCCAAAGCACUGUUCUGGAUCUCGUAUGUUUAGAUUUGCGAAAAAAGUCAUCAGUACUGACUGAAAGAUCACCAUCUGAAGAGGUGGAGGCACAUUUGACCACGGAUCAGACAUUUUCUCCGGUGCGAAUUCAUGGAGCAACGAAUGAACCCAGUGUUUCGUUCUGUGAUGCUAACAGAUCUGCUGAGGGUUAUAAGGAUUUGACUCACUCUCCAAGUUUUGUUUCGGUUUGUGGAUCUUCAUUUGGUCAGGAAACUGCGCUGCUUAGUUGUGAUAUGUCAAAGUCUGUUAAUAACAUUUCCUGUGAAGUCCUGUCACAGCUACACAGUACAAAUACAUGUGAUCAAACUGCAACCAAGGGUAAUCCUAACGAAAAAGAUUCUUUGGGUCAAUUUUCGACGGAACAACAGUCUUCAGAUGACGUUAUAAGUUCAGAAAAGUAUGCUCCAGACUUUUCGUGUAUGGACAAAUCAUCUGCAUAUUCAUCACUUUUGGGAAUCCAGGAAUCAUCAGCUUCUCAUGAACUUAUGAAAUCACGAUCACAGAGACUGGACAGUUCUGGAUACAACUCAUUGCUAAAAAGUUUACUCAGUCUGGAUGGAAAUUCAAAAGAGUUUUCAGGAAUUGAUGGAUCUAUCAAUCAAGGUUCUUGGAACAAGGAAAACGUUAGCAAUUAUAAACUCGGUGUAGAGAGUGUUAAGGAGAAUGAUCCUUUUUCUGGAUCACUAAACAACAGUGCCAUCUUACUGGCAUGUUUCGAUUGUACAGCAAAGUCAUCUUCUAAACCUAUGUUCAAUUCGGAUAAUGUUGAAAAAAGUUCAGCAAAAAGUGAACAUCCUUCGUCAAAAGGAAAACAUGUUCUUGUGACAAGAGCAUCAAGGGACAAUGUUAGCUGUGUGACAAAUGUACACAUUGGAUGUAACCAAGAAAACUCCAACACAGGAGACAGAAUUAAGGACAGAUUCAAACAGUUUGCUUCAGUUAGAAAUAACAGAAAUAGGAAAAAGAGCAAUGACAAGAACCACAUAUUGGCCAAUACAGAGAGCACCUCGGACCAACUUUUGAUGUCUGGUAGAGUUGGAACUCCUGUGGGGAACACAUCCAAGGUAUUUAUGUCAGAUGGUGAUAGAAAUACAAUGAAAGAAGGCAAAGUUCCUUUGUUAACCUCAGACACAAAAAUGAAGAACCAAAACCAUGCCUUAGCGUUUCCAGAAUCAGAGGACAUGUGGGCAUACUUGACCGACGAGGAAGAAUUUUGUAAUGCAGGAAACAUUAGCGUGGGUAGACCACACACAGUACAAUCAAAGGGAGGUAAUAAUGUCACCGAGAAUGUGAAUAUUUCUCAAGUCUACAAAAGAACACCAAACACAGUACAAUCAAAGGGAGGUAAUCAUGUCACCGAGAAUGUGAAUAUUUCUAAAGUCUAUGAAAGAACACCAAACACAGUGCAAUCAAAGGGAGGUAAUCAUGUCACUGAAAAUGUGAAUAAUUCUCAAGACUACAAAAGCAGAAAGACCGGUUCUGAUGAGGAAGAUUCAGAUGAAACAUUUGAUGAAUGUUUUGAUCCAGAAUUUCUAAAUUUGGUUGAACAGGAUUUUACUGAUGCAGAAGACAAUUCUGAUGAGAUGGCAUGUAAUGGAAAUAAAAAAAAUGACAGUGUAAUGCAGGAUUUUUAUGAUAAAAUUAAGACUGCAGGGAAGCUUGAUUCUGAUGACGAUGUUGACACGGGGUCACAAGAUUCCGAUGAAACGCAUAUUUCUGAUGAGGAUGAUGAUGCAGGAUCACACAAUGCUGAUGAGGAAAAUGAUGAAGGAUCACUAGAUUCUGAUGAGGUUUUUGACACAGGAACACAUGAAUCUGAUGAGGAUGUUGACACAGGAAUACAUGUUUCCAAUGAAACACACGUUUCUAAUGAGGAUGUUGACACAGGAAUACACGAUUCUGAUGAGGAUGUUGACACAGGAACACACGAUUCUGAUGAAACACACAAUUCUGAUAAGGAUGUUGACACAGGAAUACACGAUUCUGAUGAGGAUGUUGACACAGGAACACACGAUUCUGAUGAGGAUGUUGACACAGUAACGCAAUAUUCUGACAAAGAAACUGACAUGGUAGGAAAAUGCAAUGCUGAUGACAAUAUGGACGUCUCAGGAACACAGGACUUUGAUGACAAUCUUCACACUGCAGGAAUGCAUGGUUCUGAUAAAAGAAGUAAAACUGCAGAUAAAUUUGAUAUUGAUGAUGAAGGAACAAAUAGAGAAAUAUAUACCCGCGAGGAAAUUGAUUUUACAAAAAGUAGGGCUGUGCUAUCGACUUCUCAAAAAGCGUGUACAAGUACAACAGCUCUUUCAGUCUCUGAGAAACAUCCAACCGAUCACAAUACGAAGUUAGACAACCCAGAGUCUGAUGCUUAUCUACAGGGAGGAGUUGAACCCAUGCCAGACUCUGAGGACCUGUGUGCAUUUCUGGACAGUACAUUCGGAGACGUAACAGAGGAACCAAGUUUGAAGAUUCUGAGUCAUGUUCUUUAUAAUAAUGAAGAUGUGGCUGGAGAGAAUGCAGAUGAUCACUUGGCUGAAAAUGAUGAAGAAAAUGGUGUCAAAUUGGGUAUAAAGGACAACAAAAAUAUCAACAAUGAAAACAAAUUGAGUACUAGUGCUUCUGAAAAUUCUGACCUAGGAAAUUUGAAUAGUGAAAGUGAACUAGAGAAUGUGAGUAUGAAAACCAACUUUAAAGACGAAACACAAAGAAACAGUGCUUGUAUACACGUCCUGCCAACCAGUGAUGAGACAAUUGAACACUUAGAGAGUAUGUUUGACGAUUCUUUUGAUGAAGUUGAAAUACGAAAUGAAGAUCAGGUUCAUUCUAGCCAGGAAACUGUGUUUUCAAAGUGUCCAACACAUGAACACCACAGUUUUUCCACCAGAGACAAAACUGCACAAUCUUCCUCAAAAUCAUUUCAGCAUCAUUCAGAAAGGGAAAACUGUCAUCCGCUGCAAGACAAGGUUAAUUCUUUGUGUAGCAGUGCUAAUACUGUCAGUUUUGUGUCUCGAUUACCUGACCCCUAUAACAGAGAUAUUGAUCACAGUAGAGAUGACUCAACUCAUUAUCAACGUUGCGAAGAUCUUCAGAAUCAAGAUCCUUAUAGCCAAGAUCUUCCUAUUCAAGAUAAUCUUACUGAAGAUAAACAGAGUCAGGAUGUUCUGUCUCAACUUCAGCGCAGUCAAGAUAUUACAGGCCAAAAUCUUCUCCAUAACGAUGAUCAGCAUCACCUCAGUGAAAACUGUCUGAGCCAAGACCAAUCUUGUUUGUCUAAAGAAUCAUCAUUAAACUUUAAUACAUCAACUGAUUUGUUCGGAUGUUCAGGGAACAGCAGUGUUGCACUAUGUAAUGAUACCUACUCACAGUCCUUAACCCAUGAUGGUGUUCAUUUUUUCCCCAACAGUUCCAGAGUAGAGGAAUUUAGGACAGCCAUUUGUAGCCCAUUAAGAAAUGGCAAACUAGAAAUUGAAGAAAAGGUAAAAACUGUCCAGUUUGCCAGGAGACUUAGUUGUGUUAAAACCAUACAGUUGAUCGACAUUGAAAUGAAAAUGCGACAAAAUCCUGGUCUCAAACUUCCUGCGAUACCCAAGUCAUGUCUCAAGGUACAAGUAGCCUCCCCUUGUUCUCCGCCAUGUUUUAAACGUGAUACUAAAAAACUAAAACUUUCAAAAGUGUUCAAUUUAAGAAAACAGGAAAAACUGGAGUCGCAGGAUUUGUUUUCUUGUUCUACAAUAUCGGAAAAUUCCUGUGAUGUCAUUAUCAAUCCUAGGGCUAUCUUUCCUGGAGGUACUGAAGAUGUGUUUUCCUGUGAUGACGCAGCGAUACCCGGGACACAGGACCUUUUUACUCCCAGUCCUGUUCAAAUGUCGGACAGCAUAAAUUCUGAUUUUGUACUGGGAAGUGCUAGUUGUAAUCGAAAAGGUAAAAGGUUCAAAUUUCCAACAUGGACCAAGAAACCUUCACAUUGUCAGGCAUUUGUAUCUACACCACUUGAAGGCUUCACUGACAAACUUUGUGCUUCUAGAGAGGAACUGUCUGGACUUGUGUCACCGAAAUUAUCACAAGGCAGUGAGGAUUCAUUUGCUCAAAAUUCUGCAUCUUUGUUCCUGGACAGUUUUGAUGACUUGCAUGUUACAAACAGUAGUUCAGCUCAGGUUGUUAGAUACCCCUUCCAACUGGAAAAUCAUUCACUAAGAACUACCAAUCUUGGUAAAAGGAAAGACAUAAGCCCCAUCUGUAUAGGGUUUAACAGUCAGUCUAGGGGAGAUAACCACAUACCGACAGGGGAAGUAACUCUUGACACUGGCACACCAGAUUUGUUUGGAACCUCCAAUGUUUCUGCUAGUACAAGUGGGUUUCGAUCAAGUAAAAAAUUUCAAAGCUCGAAUUUAGCCACAAAUUUUACCUUCCCUGUAAAAAGACUCUUCUUAGAUUGAUUGAUUUUUUUUCUUCUAAAAAUUGAAACAUUAAUAAAUGUAGCUCAGAAAGUAAGUUGUUCAUGGUAUAUAUGUCAGCUCUUGUUGCCAUGAUUAUUAAAAUCUCUAAGUUUAACACGUUAACCAGUGAUUACAGGUUUUCCGUUUAAGGUAGCAUAACAGAAGUAAAAAGAGUUACAUAUCAGUGCUUGUUGUUUUCCCUUGGCAUGUUCUCCAUUGAGUUUAGAUGUUAAAGCAUGCAACCUCAAUGAAUUUUUCUGGUGUAGAUAUUGACAUACAACCUUAAGCAAGGUACUCAUAUUUCAAUUUUAUACUGUGCAUAUGCCAUACACUUCCUGAAUAUCAAUAUUUCAUUAAGUGUACAUAUUGAAGGAUAGUCGGUGUAUAGGGUUACAUUUGCGUAUACUGGUUGAAACGGUACAGGUGGCGCAGAAAUAUUCAACGAUAAACGAACACACUUGGACCGAACUAUUGGCAGAGCUAAAAUGCAUAGUUUCGGAGAAUAAAUAACAAUAUAUCAAGAAUAAUAUUUCCUUUUUUCACGCAUCCACUAAAUUAUAUAACAUUUCUAAAAAAUCUACAUGGGGAUUGACCUUGUUUUAUAAAGAAAUACUGCAACUAGCAAUAGUCAGCAUUUUAGUUUUGGUCAGGAACUUUUGGCCCCCUCAAUCUACACGUCCCGAAUAUUCCCGGGGUCAGCCAAAGUCCAGAUCUGCAACUGUCAUUUUCUUAAAGGUUCAACCGUUUCAACUGGUAAAACUGGAUACGCGAAAGGGGCCUAGUCCUUGUAUUCAACCCCACAAUAUUUUUUAUUCCCAAAUAUUGAAAUUUCUUUAUUUCUGUAAAAUACAUUGCAAGAUGUGUUUCAUAUGGAGUAUUUCUUUAGCUUGUAAAUACAGUGUACAAGUUUUGAGGAUUUCUGGGAUGUGUGCAAUAAAGGGAUUUUAUAUAUAUACAUGUAUUUCAUCUGUUGCUAAACUGAUUUACUGUUGGUAGUUUGUAAAAUUUGUGAUACAGCAUCAUACAUUGUACUGAAUCAGAAAUAUGUGGUUGUAAAGACAGUAAUGUUUGAAGCAUGUUUAGCCAGGUCAAUCUUAUAUUAACUGCUAAUGUACAAGCCAGUGCACCACACACACAUACAUGUAUCUAAUUUAUAUAUAUGUACUUGAUUAUGUAUACAUGUAAAGUAAAUAUUUUUAAGAAAUACUUCAAUAAUUUCUCUAUGCCUUCAAUGGAAAUAUCACAGGAAGCCAGGAAUUUGAAAAAGUUUCAAUAAAGAAUACUGUUUCUUAUUAAUGUAACAUAGAUCAUUAUUUUAUCAAUGCCUCCACUAGGAGUCGAACCCGGGAUCUCUGGCUUACUAGUCUUACGCUCUACUGAAUGAGCUAAAGGGAAAUUCUCCCUAGCCUAGUGGGUAGGAAGCUAUUUUACAAGGGUGACAUUAAAAAUAACAAAACACAUCAUUGAUCAAUUAAAAUAAUUCAAUUUCAUUUAAUAUAUAUAUAUAUAUAUGUUGUCCACAAGUGAAAUAUCCAAUUACAAGGAAACAAUACAUUAAACACAUACAGGGGACAGUUUGGCAAGUUUUGUACCAAAGAAACAGGUUCAAAACCAACCUUUAGAGGCGUUUCAUUUGUAUUGAAAUCAGUAUAAUAGAUGAUUUUGAUCAUUCCUUGUUUAAUUGUGACAUUGUCUAACAUUUCAGUGGGAGCCAUGUACAUGUUGGAUACCCUAGCCAAUACGAUUUUAUACAUUAUGAUCGGCCCUGUACCACUCCCAAAAACAGUAAAUUUGCAUCAGAAGCAUUUUUCCUGCAUAACUAUAAGUUUGUUAAAUUAUUUCUGAAAAGAAAACCAUACCUUACAGGACUUUCAUGAAAUAAUAAUGAAGAUAAAAUAAACAAUAUUGUUCUGAGGGUAAAACACAACAGGACUGGACCAGAAUUCUGAAACAGGAGAGGAAAAAUGCACGGCCAGACCGGGGUUUGAACCCGGGACCCUCUGAACUCUAGACAAAUGCUCUACCAAUUGAGCUAUCUGGUCGCCGACGAUCGACCCAGUCCAGUUCCGCUACAAUUCAAACCCUGGAAUAUGAUCAUUAUGUUGUUGCUGUUUAACUCAUUCACCCCUGAAAUUUCAUAAUGAACUAUUCCAGCCUUUGGAUUGGAGGAGGUCAAAUGUGUCUUCAAGGGUGCACGAGUUAACAAAAUUUAGCUACCUUAGAGGUCAACGGUAGUACUCUGGUUCAGUAAAGCUACAGUGGUAUAUCCAAAACGAAAUGAAUGGGAGAUUACUCUAUGUACACAAAACUAGAGGAAUUAUCUAGUGUUGUUUCUGCAGUGGGACAGGGAAACUUAAAUACAACCUCGGGGCCUGUGAUUCAUGAUGCAUUCAGCAUCAAUGAUACUUUGAAGCCAUUUCUAUUUCAUUCACGUUAACAGCUAAUCUGUGAAAAACUUAUGACAUGUUUCAUUUUCAAAACGGUUUAUUAUAAUUGUAUCAUUGUUGGGGUCCUUUAAUUUGCCCAUUCAGGCCUAAUUGGUCUGACGCUCAAAGAGAAGUAAACGGCUUAAAACUGAACUAUUCCUGACGUUCAACUUGUGAUAAAAAAUGUUUUCAUUAAUAAAAAUAUGUGUUUUUAA